UAUCUAUUUAAAAAUGUGCUGUUUUUUCUUUCAAAUUUAAAAUCAGUUAAAAAUUUAUCGAAUCCCCUUUAACUCACAAUGUGGCUGGUCAGCUGUUUUGUUCAAUGUUUUGUGUCCCAGUUUCGGCUUCGUUUUAAACUUACAUUCGUAAAUAUUUUGUUCUACACAAUUACACACCUACACGAAAAUAGAAAAUUUUUGCAAAAAAAUUGUAUAGUUUUUGUUAUAAAAUGUUGAAAACAUUUUUCGCCCUACCACCAACUCAAAAUAUCAACCAGACAUGUGGCGAAAUUGUUUGUCAAUCUGAGAGUUCAUUUUUUAUCGUGUGUAAAUUGUGUGAAAUCAAAAUUUUUCAAUACAAUGAAUUCAUAGAGCACUUUCAAACAAUUCAUUCAUCUUCACUAUGUUCAAAUGUACCAAGGCAAAUAGACGAUCUGCAGGAAGACAGUCAACCUACAUCUUCAGAGGAAGAUGAACAAAAUAACAUAUUGGAUGAAAAUUGCGGCUCUGAUGAUGAGGAAAAUGAACUAUUUAUACUUAAGAAGUCUGAAAAAAUUUGUCAGAUGCAACAGCAGCAGUUUUUAUGCUCCGUAUGCAGCAAAAGUUUUACCACCAAAUUCUCUUUAAAUUUCCAUAGGCGCCAACAGCAUGAAUCCAAAGAAUUUCGUUGCAACAAAUGCGAUAAAACAUUUGCAGAAAAACGUUAUCUGGCGCUUCAUAAACGUGUGCACAAAGAUGGCCCAGGAUACACGUGCAAAACUUGUGGCAGAGAGUUUGAAAAAUAUGAAAGUCUUCGGUUUCAUCGGGAGAGCCACAUUGAAACGCGAAAUUUUCUAUGCGACCAUGAGAAUUGCAACAAAGCCUUUCCCAAUAACAGGCGACUGAGUGCUCACAAACGUACCCACAUUCCCCCAGCAUAUGUGUGUGAAAUUUGUGGAUCUCGCCAACGCAGUAAGGAAUUUCUUACGGUUCAUCUGAGAACGCACAGCGGGGAAAAGCCAUACUCUUGCACCAUUUGCGGCAGUAGAUUUGCUUCCAAGCACUUUCUAAAGGAUCAUUUGGAAGUGCACGCCACCGAAAGGGCUCAUGUGUGUGAUGUUUGUGGCAAAUCGUUUGCCGGUCGAAAAUCACUUUACCACCAUCGGCAUUUACAUUCCAAUGUAAAAAAAUUUGUAUGCAAAAUAUGUAAUUGUGCAUAUUCCCAAGCGGCUGGCUUGUCGGCCCACAUGCGUAAACACAAACAGGAAAGUCUUUCGAUAUUUGGGAAUGACGAAAGUUGAACAACAUAAUGAAGUACAAUAAAUCGAAUGCUUAGUUUCAUGUUUAUAUAUUGAAUUUAUUUAAUAUUUGAACAUUUAUAAUAAAUUUUUGUUCUCAUAAAUUGUAACACACUAUAACAAACUA